UGCGCAUGCUCCGGCCUGGACUUUAGGGUGGGAGUUAGCCGUUAGCACCGAGCUAACAGCCGGAGCGUGUAAUGGCGGCCUCGGUGUUGUUGGGCUCUGCGGACAGCGCCGGACUCAGCUUCACCAUCGGGGGCGGCGGCACCGGGAAUAGUAACGGACUGGGCCCGGCGCCCUGGAACCGUUCUCUGGACCGAGCGCUGGACGAAGCCGCGGCCACCGGGAGCUUGAACCUGAGCGGCAGGAAGCUGAAGGAGUUCCCCCGGUGCGCCGCCAACCACGACCUGACCGACACCACCAGGGCCGGACCCCGCCCCUCUCUUAAUGCCCCUCCCCUCAGUCGGAACCAGCUGUCGGUGCUGCCCGCCGUCGUCUGCGGCCUCCCUCUGAAGGUUUUGAUCGCCUGCAACAACAAGCUGGUUUCUCUGCCGGAGGAGCUGGGACAGCUGAGGCACCUCACCGAGCUGGAUGUGAGCUGCAACGAGAUCCAGACUCUGCCUGCUCAGGUGGGCCAGCUGGAGGCUCUGAGAGACCUGAACAUCAGGAGGAACCACCUGGUCCGACUGCCACCAGGUACACAAACGCGUGAAACCAUGGUGACGCUGCAUUCACAGCCUGGACUGAGUAGUAAAAUCACCCGACGUCAGAGCUACGGGGACACGCCCACCCAGCAGAUCAAAACCACACAUGGCGGUCAGUCCCGGCGGCAGUGCGAGGCGAUACUCCACGCCACGUUCAGGGAUCUGAUGAAGCUGCCUGGGCGCAGCGUAGAUCCACAGUCAUAG